GACGCGUUCGACCGCGCUGAUCACUGGGAUGUUGUCCAUCAAGCGUCUCUGGAUGCUCAUCCUCAUGGUCGUCGCCGAGCUCGGACACGACCCACACGCUCCCCGCAGCUUCAGCCUCACCACGUUACCGCCGUCGAUCUCGCGCAAGGCGACGUCGCCUCCGUCUGCUAUCAGAACAUCACAGGAGCAGUGCGAAACCUCUGCAAGAAAGCUUUGCGACUGGCAAUUGCAGCCGGCGAUGAGGGGGAUACCUCACCAUGCGGACGCCGGCCAAUGGACGUGGCGGUGGCGGCGGCCAAUCUCGGAGCAGGACUCCCACGCGACCACAGCGCGACACGCAGCUCCACGCCGGAACAUCACACCCAAUUAGCACACCCAAUCUCGGAGCAGGUCUCUUGUUUGAUGGAUGAAUGAAGUAUGAACUGAAUAUGAUCACCUUUCUAAUUA